AUGAAAAGCGCUCUGCAAGCGCCUUCUCUCUGUGUUGGUCCUGAAACUACCGUAAUCACUGUAAUAUGCGCGCACGCUAAAAUCAAUCGCGGCUGGCUUGACCGUGUUUUUCUGAACCGCGGCUGGCUUGACCGCAGUUCAGAACAGACUACUGCACCGUUAUAUGAGAGACGAGCAGAAGAUCAAAUCUCUCUGGAGUCCAUUGACUGGUCUCUUGAGGAUCAUGAUCUUCAGGAACCUCCUUUCAGUAGUAGUCUUGAAGUCCUUCCUCCUGAAGACCAGCAGGCUCAAAGCCCUCCAGCUCCAACUUACAAACGGAAACGCUUGGAAAGUGACCUUGAGCCUGUUGGUGAGAGAAGUGAUGGUCAGGAGAGACAGAAGAGGAGAAAGAGUAGCUUUGAGAAGCUGCCUUCUCUUCAUUUGUCUGACCAGAGCAGCAGUUCAGGUCAGGGUCAGAAAGGGGAGGACCAGACUGCUGCAGCCAUUGAUGAAUCUUUUAUCAUUGGCCGGAAGAGAAAACAAAGUUUUCUCAGUACACCACCAACAUCCAGCAUCAAUGUGGCUGAGAACCAUCUGCCCAUUGGUGCUGAGGAAGAACCUGACCUGCCAAUGAUAAAGAAAAGGAGGACGGAGAGUUUGGAGAAGCUGCUGUCUCUUAAAUCCAUUAAAUGGAGCAGCUCAGACCAGGGGACAAUUUACGAGAGACAAGCUAAAGAUGAUAUUCUGAGCCGAUAUGAAAUCGGCAAAAUGCUUGGUGAGGGAGGAAACGGCUGCGUCUAUGAAGGAAAACGCUUGGAGGAUGGCCUUGAGGUGGCAGUGAAAUUUGCCAGCAAGUCAAGCACCAUGAAAUACAUCAGUGUUCCUGGUCAUCCCGCACCCAUUCCGUUGGAGAUCGGCCUUUUACUCCUUGUUAAUAUGGAGUCCAAAGUUCCAGAGAUCAUUCAGCUGCUGGACUGGCAGGACCAGCCUGAACGUUACAUCAUGGUCCUGGAACGUCCCUCACCUUGCAAAGAUCUGUGGGAUUAUGCAUUGUUUCAAGGAGGCUUCCUCAGCGAGGACACGGCACGAGUUAUAAUGGCGCAGGCAACAAAGGCCGCUUACAUGUGCUGUCAGCGAGGAGUAUUUCAUAGGGACAUUAAGCUGGAGAACCUGCUGAUCAACACAGAAACACUUAAGGUCAAACUCAUUGACUUUGGGUGUGGGGAUCUCCUGCAAGACUCCAGCUAUAAACAAUUUUGUGGCACACUUGACUACUGCCCACCUGAGUACUUUGUAAACCACAAGUACCAUGGGAAACCAACUACUGUGUGGUCUCUGGGAAUACUUUUGUUCUUGAUGGUGUGCGGAGGUUUCCCAGAACCCAAAGACACGGAGUUGAUUGAUUGCGGCAUUUGGUUUAAGGAUGAGUUGUCUGACGAAUGCUGCCACUUGAUUCGGUCCCUGCUAAAUGAAAACCCAAGCAAGCGGAUGGAUUUGGAGGAAAUCCUUUUACAUGAUUGGUUUAUGGUCACCAAACAGCCACGCAGGUUCCUCCAUUGGCCGUCAGAAAAACAGAGUUUUCGGUCUCGGCGGCUCCGUCCAUCAGUUUAG